UUGUCGUUUCAUCGCGUUUCGUUUUUAAUUAUUUAUUCAAAGGUUAAUGGAAAGAAGUUUGUAUUAUCAUCAGGUUUAAACUUGAAAAUCAAAUUUUUUAUCUCGGAAUAAUGAGCAUGUUUGGAGAUAUAAAGGUGAAGACGUGGUCACCCGUGAUUCCUUGCAAAAUUCCAGAUAAUAUCGUUUCUUCCCAAUUCACAUCGUCUAAAGUAUUUACUCCGUCUUACGAAAAGGAAAAACGUCCUUGUAUAGAACAAUUGUUAACGAAUGAAUAUCAGCGAAUCUGGUGGCAAGAAAAGGAAAUAUGGGACAAAAGGUGCAGAACAAAGAUAACAACUAAACAGUUAUUGCAACGCAUGGUAAUUCGUAGAAAAUCGAAAGUAGUUCCUCCUAUCGAUAAACCCAAAAUGACUAAAAAACCAAAGAAAAAGGGAAAAGUGAAAGAAUCAAAGGAUGAUAAGAAGGAAGAAGGAAAGUCUACACAGGAAACGAAAACAAAUGAAACGAAGGAAAGUAGUGAGAAAAAAUCACCAAAAUAAAUUCCCUAAAAGAUUACUGUUGGUUAUAACUGAAAUUCAAACGAGUUUUCGAACGUUCUUUUAACACAGAAUUUUAUAACUCGUAAACGUUAAGAUCAACAUCCAUCGAUUUUAUUACUCAAACCUUGAAAAUCGCGAUAUCUAGCACAACACAUACACGACUACAUGUCAAACCAUGCUUGUUUCCCUUCGAACUAUUUUUCACGUACAACGUGAAGAAAAUACAAUUUUUUGAUUACCUUUAAUUCAAACCCUGUCAAGUAUUAUAAGUUAUAAGUUUAUA